UUGUCUUUUUUGGUACCCGGGAUGGAUCUCACGACUGCCUGCUUGCAAGGCAGGCACUUAUGCCACUGAGCUAAAUCUCCUGUCCUGUCUUUCUUAAUUUAUGUUUACACUUACAUUUUCUAAUAAAAACUAUAGUAUAUUCUGUUGACAUUUCAAAUUAUCGUUUGUUAAUUUUCCUUACUAUUCAGGUUAAUUUUGUCUGAAAUGUUUCCUAAAUACAGUCUGAGAAGUUAGGGGUAAUUCUCUAAGUAGUAAGUUGUGAAAAGGGAUAUUUUCUAUGAUCUCUAAGAGCAAUUCCUUAGGUAUUUUUCCACUGUAGUUUUUUAUUUGGGUGUUGACCUUUUAGGCUUUCUGCAGGACUCAAGCUUUAGAGACAAUGUAGAAAUGAAGUAGGGUUAACCAGUAGGAAAACCAGUGAAUUAUAGCAUUGAAUGACAAUUUCUGUGUGAACAUCCAUAUGGAUGUAGAAUAAGUAAGUGAUUGGUAAACAAGACAUGAAGUAAACAUUAGUAGCAGCUUUUUUUUUUUUUAACCGGGAAUCUAACUUGUGACCUCGCACUUGCCAGGGGCAGGUGUUUAUGCUGCUGAGGCAAAUCCCUGGCCCUAAUGUCGGCUUUUUAUGAAUAGAUUUCAGAUGCUUCAUAUUGUUGUGAAUCUCACUCUUCUUUUUGGAAAUAUAUGUCUAAUGACUUAGGAGGCAGUGACCUUUGAGGAUGUAGCUAUGACCUUCACCAUGGAGGAGUGGGCUUUACUGGAUCCAUCCCGAAAGAAGCUGUUCAGAGAUGUGAUGUGGGAAACCUUUAGGAACGUGUCUGCUGUAGUGGAAACCAGGAUGAUGAGCAAAUUGAAGAUGAGUACAAAAGUUGCCAAAGAAAUCUAAGAAGUGACAAGGUGAAGAAAUGGCAUCAGUUUCUCUCAUGGUUUCCUGAAGAAAUGGUUUGCUGGUCUCCAGAUGGUAAUGUGUACAUGAAAGCAGUCGGUAUGAAACCAGGUAAAAGCUUUUCCUGUGGAAAGCCCUUGAUUGGUCACUCAUCAGCAAAGGUGCACAUCCUAGCUAACACUGAACUCAAAGCGUGUGAGUGUCAGGGACUUCAGGAAAAGCUGUCUAACUGUAGCAAACAUGAGGAAGCCUGCACUGAAUUGCAGUCCUUUCAGAAGCAUGCUAAGACAGCUCCUAUAGCAAAAGCCUAUAAAUAUAAGCAAAGUGAAAAAUUGUACUCUAAUUGCACUGAAGGAACUAACAUAGAAGAGAAGUCCUUUGAAUGUAAGCAAGAUAUAAAAGCCGUUAGUACACUCCACUGCGUUGAAAUUCAAGAAGGAAAUCACAGUAGAGUUGCUACACAUGUAUGUACGCAAUGUGGAAAAUAUUUUAAUUCUCACCAUGAUGUUCAGAUACAUGAAAAGACUCACACUCAGAUGAAACACUAUGUAUGUAAGCAGUGUGGGAAAGCUUUCAGCAGACAGUUUGCUUUUCAAAACCAUGAAAGAAUUCACAAUGGGGAAAAAUCCUGCAUAUGUAAGCAAUGUGGGAAAGCUUUUGGCACAAGCACUCAGUGUAGAGCACAUGAAAAGAUUCACACUGGGGAGAAACUAUAUAUGUAUACAUUGUAGCAAAGCUUUUUGCACAGGUAAUAAUUGUAAAGAACAUGAAAGAAUUCAUACUGGAGAGAAACCGUAUGUAUGUGAGCAUUGUGGGAAAGCAUUUAGUACACAGAAGUCUUGGCAAGUACAUGAAAGAACGCACAGUGGAGAAGAACCUUACGUAUGUAAGCAAUGUGGAAAAGCUUUUGUCACACAUGUUCGAUGUUAAAUACAUGAAAUAAUUCACACUGGGAGAAACCCUAUAUGUGUAAGCAAUGUGGAAAAGCUUUUGGCACAAACACUCAGUGCAGAACACAUGAAAGGAUUCACACUGGGAAGAAACCCUAUGUGUGUAAACAGUGUGGAAAAGCAUUCGGUACACAGGGUCAUUGUAAAGUACACGAAAGAAUUCACACUGGAGAAAAACCCUAUGUGUGUGAGCAAUGUGGGAAAGCAUUUAAUACCCAGGGAUCUUGGCAAAUACAUGAAAAAACUCAGACUGGAGAAAAACCUUAUAUAUGUAAGCAAUGUGGGAAAGCAUUCAGUGUACAAAGUUAUUGUCAAAAACAUGAAAGACGUCACACUGGGGAGAAAUGUUAUGUGUGUAAACAGUGUGGGAAAGCUUUUAUCACAUGUAGUAGGCGUCAAAUACAUGAAAGAAUUCACAAUGGGGAGAAACCCUAUGUGUGUAAGCAAUGUGGAAAAAGCUUUUGGCACAAACACUCAGUGCAGAACACAUGAAAGAAUUCACACUGGGGAGAAACCCUAUGUGUGUAAACCGUGUGGAAAAGCAUUUGGUACACAGGGUCAUUGUAAAGUACAUGAAAGAAUUCACACUGGAGAGAAACCCUAUGUGUGUGAGCAUUGUGGGAAAGCAUUUAAUACCCAGGGAUCUUGGCAAAUGCAUGAAAGAACUCACACUGGAGAAAAACCUUAUAUAUGUAAGCAAUGUGGGAAAGCAUUCAGUGCACAAAGUUAUUGUCAAAAACAUGAAAGACGUCACACUGAGGAGAAAUGUUAUGUGUGUAAACAGUGUGGGAAAGCUUUUAUCACACGUAGUAGGUGUCAAAUACAUGAAAGAAUUCACACUGGGGAGAAACCCUAUCUAUGUAAGCAGUGUGGGAAAGCUUUUGGCACAAAUGCUCACUGCAGAACACAUGAAAGAACUCACACUGGGGAGAAACCUUAUGUAUGUGAGCAAUGUGGGAAAGCAUUUAGUGCCCAAAGGUCUUGUCAAGUGCAUGAGAGAUCUCACACUGGUGAGAAGCCUUAUGUAUGUGAGCAAUGUGGAAAAGCUUUCAGUGCACAAAGUUAUUGUCAAAAACAUGAAAGAAUUCACACUAGGAAGAAACACUAUGUGUGUAAGCAGUGUGGGAAAGCUUUUGGCUCACUCUGUUACUACAAAAGACAUGAAAGAGUUCACACUGGGUUGAAACUCUGUAUGUAGUAUUGUGAGAAAGCUUUCAUGCACAAAGUAAUUUUCAAAAUCAUGGAAGAAUUCAUACUGAAGGGAGACUCUUUGUAUGUAGCAUGUUUGAUAUUGUAUUCCCAAUCCGCUGUAGUUGUGAAAAUCAUGAAAGAGCUCCCAUUGCUGAGAAACAGUAUGUAAGUGAUGUGAGAUAGCUUUCAACACGUAGUAAUUGAGAAAUACCUAAAACAUUACAUUGGGGAAAAAUUCUAUUUACAUAGCAAUAUUGGGAUACAUUCGUUACACACCAGUGUCAUCAAUUACAUGAAAACAAUCACUGAAAAAUAUAUAGCAAUCAUCCUAAGCAAUGUGAAGACUUCAGGUAUUCUAGUAAGCAUUAUAAACAUUAAAAAAUAAGAAACUGUGAAUAUAUAAAAUGCUGUGCAAUAACAUGAAAAGAUUCACAGUGGAGGAAAUACCUUUUUCUAUAAGCAAUGUAAAACAAAAAUCAAGGUACCUAGGUAUAAUUAGAUGAAAGAAUUAAUGAGUGAGAAUCUGAAAAUAUGUGAGCCAUGUGGGAAAUGAUUUAUCUCAAUGCAAUUACUCUAUAAAAUAAUUUACAUGGCAGCAAAGCCAUAUGUCUGUUGUCAAAUUUGGUAAAUUACUCAAUUGAACUCACACUAAAGGAAAUAUACAGAUGAGGUGAGAAAUAUCUUGUGCUUCCCAUCACAUCAGAACACAUACGGAAACUUUCACUGAGAGUUUGUGCUUUCACAGAGUGUGAGAAGUCAUUUUUCUAUGAUCUUUCUUGGAAACAUGGCCCUGGCUAGAGGAGAAACUCAUAUCAAUGUAUAUUUGUGGAAACACCAACACCCAUUUUGAUGUUAUUUAUAUUACAUAUUGUGAGAAAACAGUAUAAGGGUUGUACACAAGUCUUUUUUUUGUUUGUUUUUGCAAUCUGGAACAGCUUUGAAGUACACAAGUCUUGAGUUGUCCAAAAUGUAACAGUGCAUAUAGGAUCUGUGAAUGCACAAUGUCAGUUAAAGAUCAUUAAUUUCAAAACCUUUUGAAAAAUUGUCCCAUAGUAAAAAACGUAUGUAAGUCUUAUAAAAAUAUGAUGUCAAUUAUUUCUCCAGAAAAUAUACAACCAGCUGAGAUAUCUUAAAUAUAAACAUAGUACAUUCACUCUUAAAAUUAGCUCCUUGGAUUAAAGAUAUGUAAGUGCACAUUUAAAAUUGAGUGUUGUGGUCACAUAAUUCUUUGUGUUCUUUAAGCAAUAAUAUGGAAGUUUAAUAUUGUCUUUUAAUCAAAUUAAGUGACAAGUUUUUAUUUAUUUUUCAGCAAGCUAGAUCCACAGGUGAAUUGAAUUAUAUUUCUUAUAUUUCAGUAAGGCUCAGUAUGUCUGUAGGUUAUUUUUUGUUUCAUUGUUUUUAAUAAUUAUGAUGUAAUAUACUAGAACCAAUUUUUUGUUAAAUUUCAUCUUCCCAUUAGCUUCUAUUGAAAAGUUUGGUGUAUAUUAUCAAUUUUUCCAUUGUUGUAGCAAAAGAAUUUUUAAUUGGAUUUUAUACUUUACAAGUAUAAUGCAUAGUUUAAGAAGUUUCUGUAUAUAUGUCCACAUAGAAUUUGAUAGUUUCCAAACAACUUGCACUCUAGCAAAUGUCAUGUUUUCUAUAUUUUAAGAAGGUAUCUGUAUAUAUCCCAACAUAAUUACAGGUUGAAGUAAAAGCUUGGAUCAUGUUUUGUGAGUAUUCUGCAAGAUGAUCAAUCAUUUCUAAUAAAUUUUAUCUUGACCAACUAGUGAUGUCUUGUAAUAUGACUGGUACUUCAUGCCAAAUGGCUGUGCUGUCACAUGAACCAACGGAUCUUCUCUCUCUCGCACACUGAGGGAUUGUGGGUGAUUGACUCUCAACUGCAAGAUGUUAUAGAGGGAGAUAUCAUCUGCAAGGGAGACUGGUAGAAAGCUAGAGGAAACCUUUCAAGUGAAAUUAGGAAGGUGUGAAAUCUGGAAGACUGCAAAAUUUUGUAGAAAGCACCACCCUAAUAAAGCUGUAUCAGUGGGAAUAAUGAAUCUGUUAAUAACUGCAAUGAUGCAUUUCCUUGAAAUACUGAGAAGGAGGCAAAAGCAUGUGUCCUUCCAUAUGUUCUUUGUUAAAAGUACAUGAAAAAGAAGAUUCCAUUGAGCCAAUAGGUAUCAGUGAUUCUGUUAGUGAUAGUGGAAGACAUCGUGUACAUUAACUCUGUCUUUCCUCUGUCCCUCAUAACAGCCAUGAAGAUUCUGAAAGCUAUGUGCAUGUUAAUCUGUUUUCUGUUGUGCAUUUUGUGUAUAUUUUGUAUUAUACUAUUGUAAUAAUUUUCCUAUAAAUAUUUUUGAG